UUGCGGCGCGGCGAAGCCCCCGACCUUGCCCUCAUCCAAGAUGGCGGCGGCCUGAGAGAAGAAGAAAGAGCCGGCGGUUGGCCUCGUCCCUUCUCCCCUCAUGCCCCGCCGGGAUGCUCCGCUCGAGCGGCUUCCUGCGAGGCGUCGACUGCCCCUUCGGCACCGCCUGCCACAGGCCCUACUGCCACUUCCGGCACCCGCCCGGGCCGCAGCAGGGCCAGGCCAGGCCCCCCCCGGCCAGGAGCAGCAGCAGGAGGCCCUCCGCCUCGGCAGCAGGGUGCGGCUAUGACCCUUACAACCCGGAGCUUCCCAAGCCCGUGUCGCAGAGCCGCAAUGGCUCCUUGGAGGAGAUGGCCGAGGCGGCGCCCGGCAUCCUGGAGCUCGAGCUGGUCAACAAGGCCAUCGAGGCCGUCAAGAACGAAGUCGAACGCGAGCAAAAGAAGUACGAGGAGCUCUUGGGGACGGCGAAGGAGUACGGCUCUUCCGAGCCCCCGUCGCUGGUCUCCAAGGCCUCUGGGUCAGCAGCGCCCAAGUCCUUUGCUGCCUGGGAAUAUAACCCCGGGGGCUACAGCGCGGGCGGCAGUGCCGACUACAAUCCCACCCCCCUUGCGGUGGCCGCUCCUAGCCGCUCCACCAAAUACACCUUGGAUUCUUUCGACAAGGCGAAAGGCAAGGGCAGCUCGCUGGAGUACGUGCCCACGGUGGUCACCCAGCCCAAGAAGUACAGUUGCACCGUGGCCAAGAGCAAAUACACCCUCGACAACUCCAAGCCGUCCACGGACUUGGAGUACGACCCUCUUUCGAAUUACUCCGCCCGGCUCCUGAGCAAAGCCAAGGAGCAGAGAGGGGCCAAGAGGAAAAGGGAGGCCAACCCAGAGGAGGGGUAUUCGCCUUCUCCCAAGAAGCACUGCGACGCAGGGAGCGGCCCCGAGCCGGACGCCAGGUUCUCCGACUCGGAAGAGGAGCGCGAAGCGGCUCCCGUCCUCCCUUCGAAACCGAAAGCGGGUCCCGCAGACGGGAAGGGGUCCGCGCGGGCCGAUUCCCGUUCUCGGCAAAUGAAGGAGACGGCGGUGCAGUACGAUAUGGGGGACAUCGAGGGCGGCGUCAAGGGCUCGCCGGAGGAGGGGGAAAGGUUGGCCAAGGUGCCCCCCCAAAGGGACACGAGCGAGGGCAAGGGGGGCCCGAAGGAGAAGUUGAAAAAGAAGGCCGUCGUCGGCCCCGUGGCGGACGGCAAGAGGGAGCGUGGCAAGGCUGCGGACAAGGAGAAGGCGGAAGCGAAGGCUCAGCGCAGGAAUGGAGAGAGGAGUAAGGAGAAGCGCGGCAAGCCCCACGCCGACGGGCGUUCGAAGAAGCAGGAGGAGCCCCCCAAGGCUGCAAAAGCGGGGAGCUCCGGCACGUGCAAGAAGGUCCCGCAAGGACCUAGAGCAGAGAAGGUGGACAGCGUGAAGAAACAGGGCAAGCUGAACCCGCCCGGGGGCUUGAGACCCAAGGCCGAGGCUUCGCAGGCUGAACGUAAAGACAAGCAGGGGAAGCGGCCCCCUUCGAAGGGUCCCGCAGAGAGCCCCGGAGCCAAGUGUAAGGCGAAACGGCGGGCUCUGAGCCACGCUGACCUCUUCGGGGAUGAGAGCGGGGACGAGGGACAAGCGGGGCACCCUCACCCUGUGGCCUUCCCGGACGUGAGCUCGGAUUCGGACCCAGACGACGGCUGCUGCUUCCUUCCGCCCCGGGACAACGGGGUGGCGAAGCGCCCUAAGGCGCCCAAAGCUGCUCCUCCUCCUUCUUCCUCCUCGUCCUCCUCUUCCGACGAGCUCGACUAUUCGGUCCUGGAGAGGGACGUGGACUUCGAGUCGGACCCCAUGGAGGAGUGCCUUCGGAUUUUUAACGAGUCGACCGACGUCAAGACCGAAGACAAAGGCCGGCUGGGGAAGCAGCCGUCGAAAGAGGAAGGGGCCGAGGAAAAGCCGGCCGAAGACUGUCUAACCACGCUCUUUCCUGGCCAAAAGCGGAGGAUCUCCCACGCGACGAAGCCAGGGAACGCCGAGACCCCGACCAAGCCCGUCUUCCGCCCGUACCGGCCCCCGACGGCCCAAGAGGUGUGCUACCAGCGGAUCCAGCUGGCCCAGAAGCAGGCAGCCCAGCUGGCCCGGCAGCUGCCCCCCACGCGGCCGUCUCCAGCACCCCCGAGAGCCUCCGUGGCGAUGCACAAAGGGGAGAAGAAGAGGAUCGCUCACGUGCCCAACCCAGCUCUUCCUGCAGUGUCCAAGUGCGCCCUAGGAGGCCUCAAGAAAACGGCUCUGCCUGGGAGCACGGCGUCUUCCAACGGCGCCGAAGCCCUCUCCCUGAAAGCCCGCACGCUCGCCGGGAUGGCGUCCAAGACGACCAACACGAACGUCCCCAAAAGGAUAGCCCACGCUCCCACACUGCAGAGUGCUACUUUGAAAAGACCAGUGAUCCCCACGGAGUUCGGGGCAAAGGUUCCCACCAACAUCCGGCAGAGAUACCUCAACCUCUUCAUCGACGAGUGCCUGAAGUCGUGCACCUCGCAGCAGGAAGCGUUCGACAAGGCCCUGGCGGAGGAGAAGGUGGUCUACGACCGCAGCACCAGCCGCAACAUUUACCUGAAUGUGGCGGUGAAUACCCUGAAGAAGCUGCGCAGCGCCCUUCCCAGCCCCGCGCACGAUGCUCGCAGGAUCAGCAACCGGAAACUGGUGUCUCACGAGGCCAUGUUGGGAGGCAAACUGGCUGCCAAGACCAGCUUUACCUUGAACCGCUCUGCGGCCGCUCAGUUGCGGGCGGAGGACCUGAAAGGGGCCUCCCUCUACCGCCGGCUGAAGGAGUACGUGUUGACGGAGGAGGACCUGAAGGAGCACGGGUACCCUCUGCCGUGCCCCGAGACGUCGGGCCGCGCCGUCGUCUUCAACGCCGAGGAGAAGAAAACGACUGAUGGCUCCUGCAGGGUUUGCUGCCGCUGCGGCACCGAGUACAUGGUGACUCCGUCUGGGAACUGCGUCCGCAAGGAGGAAUGCGUCCACCACUGGGGGAAGUUGCGCAAGCAGAGAGUUCCUGGUGGCUGGGAAACCCAUUACAACUGCUGUUCGGGAGCUGUGGGCUCCCCCGGGUGCCAAGUCGCAAAACAACACGUUCACGACGGCAGGAAGGAGAGCUUGGAGGGUUUCGUGAAGACCUUUGAGAAGAUGCCCAGCGCGGACGGAAACCCGGGCAUCUACGCCUUAGACUGCGAAAUGUGUUACACCAAGCAAGGCCUGGAGCUGACUCGCGUCACGGUGAUCAACUCGGAGCUGAAAGUCGUCUACGACACCUUCGUCAAGCCUGACCACAAAGUCGUGGACUACAACACUCGGUUUUCGGGUGUGACGGAGGCAGACCUGGAGAACGCCUCCAUCACCCUGCGGGACGUCCAAGCCGUCCUGCUGAGCAUGUUCAGUUCGGACACGAUCCUGAUCGGGCACAGCCUGGAAAGCGACCUGUUUGCGCUGAAGCUCAUCCACGGGACUGUGGUGGACACGGCUAUCGUCUUCCCUCACCGCCUGGGCUUGCCUUACAAGCGAGCUCUGCGCACCUUGAUGGCUGACUACCUCAAGCGCAUCAUCCAGGACAGUGUGGAAGGCCACGACUCGAGCGAGGACGCCCGGGCGUGCAUGGAACUGAUGAUCUGGAAGAUCAAAGAAGACGCGAAAGUGAAGCGGUGAUAGAGGAGGGGCGGCCGCCGUUCUUCCUCCUUCGCCUCUUCCGCUUUUACCGGUGCAGUGCAAUAAUGAUAAUACGGCCUGUGGGGAGCCUGGACCUUCCCCCCCCCUUCUGUGUUCGCAGGUAUCCCUGCGUAGCUGCUGCUGGUGGCACCACUGAGAAAGCGUGUGACCUCGCGAGUCUGGCCACAACGUCCCAUCCCCCACGACCUGUGGCGCGGUAGGCCCACCAGAGAACUCCAGGAUAAAAUCUGGGCGGCGCCUAACUCCCCGAAACCCCGUCCCGUUCGCGAACCUCAAAAAACAGAAACUUCGCUUCUCCUUUGGGGACUUAACGUGGGGCUCCCUGUGCGCCGCCGCACGCCGGGAUGUCGACUGCGGCGACUCGGGCAAGCUGCAGAGGCUCCGGUCAGGCAGCGGGCUGCCUCCAAACCUGCAACCCCAGGGGAGAAGGCGGAGGCGGCGUGCGGUUGGCAGGGCAGCAGAACUGCCGGCAUGGAUAUACGUUUGAGUCCCGGCCGUGGGUACGGCAGGGCAUUGCGCUCGCGCCAGGAGCACUGGGGGCCUUCGGUGCAGCCGGCUGGUGUCGACCCACAGGAAAUGGGCCCCCCUGCAAAGAGGGGGUUCCCCUCACCCCAUCUCCCAGCGCAACGGGCCCCCCGGUCUCUGCUGCCUGCAUCAUCGGACUCCUUCCCAGGGCAGAGGAUUGCCCCGUAGGAUUGCCCCGGAUAAGGGACUGGCAGUCGUUCCCGCGACGGGUUCGCCGCCCGCCACCUGAGACCCCGAAUCGGCGGUUGCGCAAGCCCUCCAGGGUGGAAAACGGAGCACGAGCGUGGCAGAGUCGCUGCAGGAAGCCUUACGAUUCGUCCGCCUUCGCAACUGCAAAUCCAGGGAACUCCACUGUUCAGAGCAUAUCGCACUUAACUUCCAAGCUCAACCACGACUUUCUAAAAAAACACUAGGAAACGCUUCUUCCUAAUAACUGCUAAUCGCUGCUCUAUGAACGCCCCGUGGGGAAACUUAACCCAGCUCGCUUUUUUUGGGGGGGGGGGAUGCAAGUGGAAAACUUUGUCUUGGCGUAAAACGGAAAGUGGGGUGACGGUUGAAUCCGCCUCCUCAAAUUCACACACGCUCAGUUAUCCGUGAGUGUAAAUAACAAUGUUCUAGGAACAGAGCGAGUUAGAAGACAGGGUGGGGUUGGGGGUGUUGGUUAUCUAUUUAAAACAAGGGGGCAAUUCUGCACUACAAGCUGUUUUAGCUGACAAAACUCUCCCCUCCUGUGUCCCCCGAAUUUUCAUUUAAGGAGAGAGCCUAAAAUGCUCUCUUGGAGAGUUUUCAAAUGUUUCCCAACGCCGUCAGAAGCCGUUCAUUCCCUUUAAAUACCAGUUCCGUGUUUUUGCAGCUCCCAUUCUGCCCUCUUCCUUCCUUCCUUCGAGGGUAAUAAGAGGAGAAAGCAAGUCUCCUCUGCUCCUGGGGGGGGGAACCUAUUAUUAUUAUUAAUAAUAAUAACCUUAGCGCAGGUCAACCUCCUCUGCAGCUGACCUCAGCCGUUCCCUGGUUGACGAUUCCCAGAUCUCCUUUGUUUUGUUAACACUGUACAGUUAAU